AUGUCUACUCCAGCACCAGUUCAGAAGCCAAAGCUUACAGGGUGGGCCCAAGCUGCCUCCAGGGCUAUACCCAAGCAAUCGUUAUUGAAAAAUCAGCAGCAGACUGUGAUUGUCAAGGCCCCUACUCCCACACAGAAAUCCCACCAAGAGAGGCGGAGUGGUAACGAGAGCAGUGCUAGCACGUCGCCAACAUCGUCAGUUUCAGGACAACCUAAGAAGCAGAGACCAUACAAUAGAGACGAGGUACGGGAGUACAUGCAGAGCUUAUUCAAGGAGCAGAGCCGCAAUGCCAAGACUUACAAGCAAGUGCUGAAAGAGACCCAGCUGGGCGACCUUACCGAGACCAGUGACUGGGGCACAGUCACCAACAAGAACACCAGAAACAAGAAAUAUGGUACUCUAGCUGAGAUCGCUAGGGUAUUAAGGAAUUGA